AUGAGUAACACAAUUCAAGUGUAUGGGUACCCCACUUUAGAAUCAGCAGAUGUAAUCAAAAUAUCUCUAGAAAACUACACAGGCCUUGGGACUAUUCAUGCACUAGAGGUUAAAAAAUCAAAUCGAGGGUCAAGAUCAUAUGCAAAAGUACAAUUCACAACAAGAGAAAGAGUUGAAUAUGUUCUAGAUCUUGCUAAUCAUAAGCGUUUGAGAUUUGGUACAACGUAUUUAAAGGCUUAUGUAAUGGAUCGUGACAUAGUUCAAAGGCCCAAACAAUUUGCAUUUGAGAUGGAAGGUGCUACUCUUUAUUUUGGUUGCCAAGUGUCAAAGGAGAUUUUGUAUGUGUUAUGUAGGAUGCAAAAUACCUCAGUGAAGUUUGGAUUUGGAUUAAGAAGGUUAUACUUUGUUAUUUCAUAUUCUACUACUUGUUACAAGUUGCAACUCUCUUAUGAGAAUAUUUGCCAAGUUCAACUACAUCGUUCACAUGGCAAUACUACAAAAUUUGUUGUUAUUCAGCUUUAUGGUGCUCCUAGAAUAUUUCAAAAAGCUGAAGAAGACAUUCAUAACUAUUAUAGUGACAUUCCUGAUGAUCAGUGGAUUAGGGCGACUGAUUUUACUCCAUAUUCUUCAAUCGGGCAAUCUUCUCAUUUAUGUUUGGAACUUCCACAUGGUGUUGAGGUCCCUAAUCUUUCUCGUUAUUUCCCAUAUUAUGAAGAAAAUAAUCGUCAAUUCAAGUUAAUGAAAGGCCAUAGUUUCUCCAAAAACUUGGAUCUAGUCCCAAUAGUGGGUCCCACUUUUUAUCUCCCAUACAAUAUAGUGUUCAAGAUUUGUGCAUUGGUUCAACAUGGUUGCAUCCCGGGCCCACUACUUGAUUCUAGUUUCUUUGAGUUAUUGGACCCACAAAGAAGACACAUGGGCUCUAUAGAAUAUGUUCUUGAAAAACUCUACUAUGUUAAAGAUUGUUGUUAUGAUCCUGUAAGGUGGAUAAAAGAUGAAUACAAAAACAAUAAUAGGCUACGAUCAUUCCCCGCUAUAUCACUUGAUUCUGAUCUUGUGUAUGUGAGAAGGGUUCAAAUUACACCAUCAAAAGUUUAUUUUUGUGGGCCAGAAGUCAAUGUGUCUAAUCGUGUUCUACGCCAUUUUGCACAAUAUGUCGAUAAUUUUAUUCGUGUGUCGUUUCUUGAUUAA